AAGAGGUGUAACUAUUGAAUUCUAGUUUUCAAAAUGGCUUCCUCAGUGCAGACUGUUGCUCGUCAAGUAAAACCAAUUUUAUCAAUAAAUGAUGAGCAAGCUCGAAGAAGAGUUAUUCAAUUAUAUAAAACAUGGUAUCGUCAAAUACCCUUUAUUGUUAGGGAAUUUGAUAUUCCCAAAAGUGUUAAGGAUUGUAGACAAAAACUUCGAGAAGAGUUUGUGAAGCAUGAGAAUAUUAAGGAUAUUAGAAUUAUUGAUAUGUUGACAAUUAAGGGGCAAAUGGAAUUAAAGGAAACAGUUAAUAAAUGGAAAAAUGAAGGUGCAUUAAUGUAUCUCUUUAAAGACACUGUGGAGCCAAAACCAACAGAUUUUCUAUCGAAAUUCCUAACAGGCCACGAUUAAUGUAUUUUGUUAAUAAAUUUAGUCAACAUUCAGCCAACAACUGUACAGUUUAUGAAUGCUUAGGAAUUAAGAUGUAAAUUAUAUCUCUAAAAAUCGUGUGUUAUCAAAUGUUAUUAUUUUAUUUGAAUUUAUUCUAAUAGGAAGAAAAGAAAUAAAAUCUUUAAUUGAAAAUUAAGUUAUUAAAGAAAAAUGAAUACCAA